AGUCCCCACUAAAACGACCAAAAACCACCGCGAACAUUUCGAUUUGUUUUUCUCCGGUAUCUUUCCCUCCAAUUCCUACGUUAACAUUCCCCUCUCCGACAAACGAACUUCCCCUUCGCGCCACCUUAAACGACAGCGUUUUCGUCGAUGGCCUCCCCGUACAGAGAUCGGACAGCCGAGUUCCGAUCACUACUCCAAACGCUUCAAAAGAUCGGAGGGGUCUCAUCCGUCAAUGAUAGUCAUCUCCAAAACGACCACGUUUCCAAACCGGCUGCUCCUCUCUGUUCCAGAUCCGAGUUCAAUAAGAAGGCUUCCUUAAUCGGAUCGGGUAUCCAAGAAACCUCUCAAAAAAUCGUUAGACUUGCCAAAUUGGCAAAAAGGUCAUCCAUGUUCGAUGAUCCGAUUAUGGAAAUACAGGAAUUAACUGCUUUGAUAAAGAGUGAUAUUACCGCAUUGAAUAUGGCACUUUCGGAUUUGCAAACACUUCAAAACAUGGAGAUUGCAGAUGGAAAUUAUUCCGAGGAUAGAGUUGUUCACUCGACGACGGUUUGUGAUGACUUGAAGGGCAAGUUAAUGGGUGCUACGAAGCAUCUUCAAGAUGUUUUAACUGCAAGAACUGAGAAUAUCAAGGCUCAUGAAAACAGGAAACAGAUAUUUUCAAAAAAUGCAUCUAGAGAGAACCCAUUUCAGCGUCAAACAGAAUCUGUGACUGAGCCACCUCCUUGGUCAAGUUCUUCAACUGCCUCUGGGAGUUUACCACAGUCAGGACUGCCACCAAAUGGAGUUCAAGCUGGCAGCCAACUGAGACGAAGGCCAGCUGUGGAUGGCACACCUUCCCACCACAUGGAAAUGUCCAUGUUACAGCAGGUAGUUCCCAGGCAAGAGCACUACUCACAAAGUAGGGCAGUUGCUCUUCAAAAUGUUGAAUCUACAAUUUCAGAACUUAGUGGGAUCUUUACACAUCUUGCUACGAUGGUUGCACAGCAAGGAGAACUAGCUAUCAGGAUUGAUGAGGACAUGGAUCAAUCAUUAGCUAAUGUUGAAGGUGCUCGCAAUGCUCUACUGAGGCAUCUUAACCAAAUAUCAUCCAAUAGAUGGCUUUUAAUCAAGAUAUUCAUUGCAAUUGUCUUUUUCCUGGUGGUCUUUAUCAUCUUCGUGGCUUGAAUGUGAUAACUUGAGAUUCCAAUAUAUCCCUUCUUGUUGUUGCAUGGAGUUGACAUCCAUGUAUAGCUUACUUUGUCAUAUUCAUUCUGUAUAUUCAAUUGGCAUUGCCAUUAUUUUCAGAUGGCACUAGCUUGUAUAAAUGAUGCAGGCUUCUAGUUGUGUUGAGAGAAACAUAACUACACCAUACCUUAUUGCUUGUAACCAUGUUGAAAACCCAUUUUGUUCAUCAAGAGGUUGUUGUAAUUUGCAAAAAAAUGAUUAAUUGAUAUCUAAGUCAUGCAAUGAUAAUUCAAAAGUAUUUUUUUUGCUUCUGCUAUCUUUCAUGUUAUUUUUUAUAUUUCAAAUCCAGAUGAAUUUGCAGUGUAAUAACCGAUAGUAGGUUUGAAGCCCUGGAAUGAUCUUGGUGCUCUGCUCAUUGAAUACCAGGCUUCAAGAGAUGCAGGCUGGCAUCAGGCCCUACUGCCAGUGAAAGAAGCCAACACCUGUCCACCCAAGUUAGAGGAUUCCAACUCGGAAUCUGUAUGGUUAUGUUCUUGUUUUAUCCAUUUAAGUCUUAUGGCUGCGAAGUAAGAGCCUUUUGUCGAAGUCCCAGGGCAUGAAAAAUGGGCAUUGAAGGACGUGUCCUUCUGUAGAAGUAAUUCGGGUCAUCGGAUAUAAGGUUUCCUGGAAACUUGUUGAUCAUUCAUCCUUGAACCAUGUGGAUUCCCUGACCUUAGAAGGAAUAUUGUUCUAACCCUUGGGACCGGUGGGGGUGCUGUGAUAGAAGCAACCCAGUGCCAAAAAGACUCUGUUUUACUUGUGCAGAUUUAUGGAAGGAAUAGUUUUCUUUGCCCUGUCUCUCCCUUCUCUU